AUGGUUAAAAUUUCAGAUAAUCCUUAUAAAAUUGAUUUUGUCAAAUGCAUUGUAGAAGAUAGAUUGUUGCAAAUAAGAAAUAAAAAUGAUAUAGAUGUACCAGAGCUAGUUAAUGUAUGGACGAUUGAUAUUAACCCUAAAGAUUCCAAGAAAUGGAUUGAUUUUAUUAAAGUUAAUAUUACUGAUCAAGAUCCUGUUUCAUAUUUACAUGUAAAAAGGUUAAAAAAAUUAACAAUAGAUUGCACUGAAAAAGAGCAGAAUAAAACAAAAAUAGUUUUAAGAAUUAUAUUGUGUUCAGUAAAGAUGAUUACACAUGAAAGUGAUGUUAUUACUUUAAUACGCGAUAAUUCUACAGAGGACUUAAUUAACAGAUACGACAAUUUAACCUGUAAAUAUCUAGUACCAAUGGGAAAUCCAUCCACUAAGGAACGAAUGCUAGAAUGGAGUAAAUUAUAUUGGCCUUUGAUCUGGCGUGGUAAUCCAAAUGAUCAAAUUUUGAAUGACUAUAAGUUUGACAUGAUUCAAAUAAAGAAUAUUUUGAAAGAAAUUACAAAAUUAUCUCAAAAAGAAAAACUAAAUGGAAACGAAUUUCCAAUUAUCACAGCAUUCGUAAACCCGAAUGAUUCAAAGAACAUCAUAUACUCCAUGGAUACUAGAGUAGCUGAAAAUGGGAUACCGACAGAUCAUAGUAUAAUGAAUGGUAUCAAGAAAGUGGCAGAUUUGGAAGUGAAAAGAAGGGCAUUAAUGUCAAAGAGUGAUUUGUCAAACGAACAUCAAGUUAAUGAUGAUAUUAAGAACCACCAAACAUACCUUUGCUUUAAUUUUGACAUUUAUACAACUCAUGAACCAUGUUCUAUGUGUUCAAUGGCAUUGGUUCAUUCUCGAAUUAAAAGAUUGAUUUUUAUUAAACCAAUGGUUAAGACAGGAACUUUAAAACCAGAAAGUGGAAAAGGUUUUUGUAUGCAUAGUAAUAAGUUAUUAAAUUCGAAAUAUGAAGUGUUUCAAUGGCUUGGUGAUGAAUUUCCUAUAGACGAUAUUGAUCUUGAGGUUUCAUGUUAA